CGUCAGGGAGAAGUGUUUUGGGAGUCUACCAGGUAGCUUGUCGUUCGCAAUCUGUAUAUCAUCGAUAUCGACGUCUUUGAAAACAAACCCGCAAGAAGUGUUAUCGUUUUCAUACAAAAACAACGCGAUUUUUCAGAAGAAUUUUCCAAUUGUGUCCAGCACCAAGAUGAAUUACUCAGAGAAUAUCACUGUCAGUCUGGAAAAUAGCAGGAAUAGCUUGAGAAGAAUCGUCCGGUACGAUGAGACGGAAUUUUCCAACCACAGCAUAUUGCACGUGAUGGAUAAGUUCGUAAAGAGCGUGAACACGAUGGACGAGACCAUCCUGGUGCCCUGCAGGCUCAUGGACCUGAAGGUUGGGGACGAGAACGACCCCGUCAUCAAGGACUGCAGCAGCCGCACUGUGAAGGAGCUGCUGAGGUCCGCAGAUCUGUACAAGGUGUACAACAUGAUCCACGACGUGAAGGGAGACCUGGUUUGGGGCCGUGAAUCCAGCAUAUCCACCGGCAAACGGCAAGGACACGUUAGACGCCCAUCUACAGCUAGUGUAGCUUCCAGCAGUUCGCUGAACAGCGAUAGCGAAUCAGAUGGAGGCACCGAAACCGAUUCUGGAAUCGAGGAAGUCCAGGAUGUCAACUACGCGAAUAGAACUGAAUUGGUCACGUCAGAUUUCAGGAUGCAUCUGGCAGGACUCACCAACUCUCUCAAGCAGAUGACCGAAGCUGCACAAUACCUAACCUCCCGUUAUCAACACGACAUUGGCGGUCCUUAAUUGUAAUCUCCUCGAUUUAUCGAUAGGUAAUUUUUUUAAAUAUUAUUGUGUGCAAACGGUCAAGUUUGGGUGUUUUUAAACUGUGAUUGAGCGGGAUAGUGGAGGAAACGGAAUCUGUCAUUUUGGUAUCUUCCCACUUGGACUGCUCAUUUGUUUCUCUAUAUUGUUAUUUUAUUUAUUUCUGUUGUAUGAAAUGAUAUUAUACAACCAAUAAAAUAUUUUCCUUAUCGAAUUAGUUUUUUCUUUUUUUUUUCAAUCGAGCUUAUGACAUAUCGAGAAUCAAUAAAUAGAACUUUUAUUUUAGAUUAUGUCCUAUUGAAAACUAAAAUGUUAAACUAUUAUUUAUCUGUAUUAUAUGAGAAAAAAUUGUAAGUAAAAUAAAAUAUUUUCUUUAUCGA